AUGUCGCUGCUUUUGUCGGAUGAAACGGCAGCAGAUUUGCCGGUCCAGGACACCGAGCGGAAGCCGUCGGCGACAGCAGGAACGCAAGAUGUGUCAUCUUCCGCUGUUCUCCCUGUGAAAUCCCCUGGACUGAAAACCUGGAUGAAAGGAUCAGGGUCAUUAGCAAGGACGAGGCGCCAGAUAAGCCGAGUGAGCCGCACGGAGCUGGAGGACGGGUUUCUACGACUCCACGAUGAAAAUUUGCUGCUCAGAGAGUUUGCCCAGAAGCAGGAGGACAGGAUCAAAAGGAUGGGCACCAAGUUAUCAAGGCUCAGCCACGAGCGAGCACAAGGCAGCGGGAGACCGGCGAGCUGGUGGCAACGCUCUGGCCGGAACCUAGUCCUGGAGGGGGACCUGGAAGAGACGCAGGAGCGGGUCUGGGAGCUGGAGAAGCGUAACGAGGGUCUGAGGAAGCACGUGCUCUUCUACAAGCAGCAGCUGGAGCUACAGGGCUGCGGCCGGCACUGUCCGUACAGUUAUGUCUCCCCCAGGGUCGACACCGGACUCCGCCGUGCGCACACCGCUACCGGACGCGUGCCCGAGAGGGUACGCAAAGGGAUGCGGGUUCAAGGACCAGCGGCCAGGCCAACCCACACAGCCCCUCCCGGAUACGGGGAUCACUUCCUGGAGGGAUCCCGAGCAGAAACGGAGAGUCUGACCCACAGCUUGGUACUGGAAGCGCUGAAACUGCAUCCUGAGUCACAGAGUUCUUCCAGCCGCUUGCAGCAGCGCCAGCUGGAAGCCCAAGAACGCCGAGCCAUUAUCCAGGACAAUGUGGAACUGAUCCAGGUGCAGAAGCUUUUAAAGGCCAAGAAUUCAGAACUGCUGCUAAUCAAGGCCCAAUUUACUGGCCUACAGGAAGCUUAUGAGACUCAGCUCCAGCAGAACCAAGAGGCUUUGAGGACAGCCACUGAGGCCUUGCUAGCUCAGGUGGGAGAACUGAGCUCCCUCCUGAAGGAAGAGAACCAGAAGGUGGCAUCCCUUGAAAGCCAAUUGGCGGCCCUUCCUCCAAUGCAGGGGACCUUGCAGGACUUUCAGGAGAGAGUCCGGGACCUGGAAACGGAGCGAGAUUUGCUGAAGGUGGAUUAUGACAAAUUACUGGAGAGCUGCAUCAACACGGCUCAGCAAAAGCUGGACGAGGUAUCCCAGAAGGAUAGCAUCCUUUGCUUGGAAGAGCAGCUCAGCUCAGUGAUAGCAGAGAAGCAGCAGCUGGAGGAACAGCUAGAAAAGGAAAUAGGUCGGCAUGGGGGACCGAAGCCGGAACUGCGCCAACAGCUGCAUGCACAGGACAAGGACUCGUUGCAACAGAAGACGGACGCCUUGGAAAACCAGCCUAGAGGAGAUGAAUCACAGUCCAGUCCAAUCGAGCUCAGCACCCAGAGGUGCCAAUUUGCCAGGCCUCUGCUUGCUGAUUUGGUAGGACCACACACGUCAAGCCCUUCUCCCUUCUCCUCCAUCCCUUCCUCCUUGCAGGCCUCGUCCGCAGAGGGCCCUCAGAGAGAGGCGGAGAGAGAAGAGGCAUUUGCCCAAAGGAUCCUGAAGCGGAAGCUGCACGCGGCAGAGGCGGCCCACGCCGAAACGGUGCUGGAACUGGAGAAGACGCGAGACAUGCUCAUUCUGCAGCACCGCAUCAACCGGGACUACCAGGCGGAACUGGAAGAGGUGAUGCUGCAGGCCGGGCGAGAGAAGCGGGAGCACAAGGAGAAGCAGGAGCAGAUGGCCCGGCUUCUGGACCUGCGUGGCGCCCGCAUCCACCAGCUCGAAGAGCAGCUGAGGGAUGUGGCCUAUGGAACCAGGACAGUCCCAUUUCUCCCCGAUGAGGCCGACGCAUCCCUAAGCACCGCCCCCGACAAGGCCCUGCAGCUGCGGCGUGGGGAGAACCUCUUCGAGCUGCACAUCGCUGGGGCGGCGCUCUCGGCCGACGCGCUGUCUCUCCUGGGGGACCCCGAUCCCGCCACCUUCUGCACCUAUUCCUUCUACGACUUCGAGACCCACUGCACCCCCGUGGUGAGCGGUGCCCGGCCCCACUACGACUUCACCUCCCAGUACGUGGUGCGGGCCGAGCCUGUAUUUCUGCAGUACCUGCAGGGGGCGACAUCGCGCCUCGACCUGCACCUGGCCUCUGCGGCUGACUAUACCACCCUGGCCUCCUGCUGGCUGCGUUUUGGAGAGGCGCUGGGCAGUGGGGAGCAGGUCCAUGCCACGGCCGUCCUGCACGGUGCGAACGGCGAGCACUUCGGCCUUCUAGAAUAUUGGGUGAGGCUUCGCUUCCCAAUACAGGAAGUUCUCAGGCUGCACCGCCAGCGGGCCAAAGCCCUGGGCUACCUGUCCGCCCGAGUGCCACGUCCCACGGUGGCCCAACGGGACCGGCGAUGGCAAGAAGAAGGGGACCUGGGCGCAGGCUGGAAUGAGUUCCGUGUGCGCAUCGAAGGCUGUGCCGGCCUGCGCAGUCGCUGGCUCGGCGCCCAGCCCAGCCCUUACGCCGUGUACAAGUUCUUCACCUUCCCCGAUCACGACACCCUCGUUGUUCCUGCAAGCACCAACCCCCACUUCGGGGACCUGCAGGCCUUUGCCUUGCGGGUCACGCCCGAGCUGCAUCGCUACCUGCUCCUGGACAGCCUGGGGGUCUACGUCUUUGACGACGAGAACGAAGAACCUGGCAGCUACCUGGGGAAGGCCCAGGUUCCGCUCCUGCCCCUAGCGCACGGGCGCAGCGUCACAGGAGACUUCGUCCUCAUCGAUCCAGCUGGGAAACCGAAUGGCUCCAUCCGCCUGAGCCUCGAGUGGAAACUCCUAUAUUCGCCUCCAGAAGGCGGCCUCCGCCAGGCACCUGCAGGCUGGGAGAGCCAACGGCGUGCCUUGGAGCAGCGGGCUGAGGAGGAGCGAGCCUCCCUGCAGCCGCGGCAGGUCCCAAGAGGAAGCCACGCCGUCCCUUCGCCUUCCGCUCACCAGAGGAAGAAGCUGAGGCUCUGCCUGCCCAAGACGGACAAGCGGAUUCAGAAGCAUGCUAAGAUAUUGAAGGAGCCCGGCCUCCCUCCAGCUCCAGCGAGCCCAGAACCAGAGCGUCUGAGAGACGUGACAAAGGAGGGCGCCGGCAGAGCCGUCCAGGAGGUGGCACUGGAAGCAGUAAGAGAAGAGGAAGCAGAGAGAACUGAGGAAGAAGAGACAAGAUCAGCAGGAACCCAGAGAUCAGAAGCUGAAUCCCGCACACUGGCAGAAGCAGCCAUGCUAAAAGAUGCUGCCUCGGAGGAACCAGACACCAGUAGUGAUGCUCAGACCACUGACAGCGAUGAAAUAGUGGUUUCAUCUGGACUACAGGUUCCCUUGAAGCUUUCAUCGGACAGAAUCCGGGUGGAGAUCGUCUCCCUGAGUCUAGACCAGGAGAGUCCGCCUGCUUCUGAUGAGCACAUCCAACAGCUAUACGUGGAGUUCCAUUUCCCCGGGGUGCCCCUGGAGGAAACGGAGACGCCUUUCUCUUUGCGGAAGCCCUGCGGAAGCCAGGAAAUCUACUACCACUUCAGCAAGGUGAUCAAGCUGGACCAGGACCCUGGAAGCCUGCAGCGACAGCUCCUCUUUUCCAUGCUGACGGCGGAGGAACCCCACCGUAAUGGGCUGCCAUUCGUCGUGGUGAGCGAGCCUCUGCCUGGGGCUGGAGGCGAGUGUGAAGAGGUGGGCGUUGCGUACCUGGACUUGCGGGAGAUCCUCCGGACGGGAAGCGACAUGCUAGAGCGAGAACUCCGGGUUAUCAGUUCUUUGGAUCCUACCAUCAAGAUUGGACAACUGAAAGUCUCCAUAGAAGCUGCCGCUGCCCUGCAGGCCAUCUACUGGGCGGGCAGAAGGAAAAGCAGCGAGGAAUGA